AUGGCGUAUCCUCACCCCGAAUCUGCCGAAGCCAAAAAGAUAUCUCUUCAUAUUCAUGCUCGCUGGGUUGCUACCGCUGAGCCUGGAGAUCCGGACGUCUUGGAGGAUCAUGUCAUCUCUGUGGACCGUGCAAGUGGGAAAAUCACGGCGCUCACCCCUGCCAGUGAAUUCUCGGGCACGGCAGAUAUGCAUUUGACAGAUCAUCUUGUGAUUCCAGGCCUGGUCAAUGCGCACACCCACACUCCAAUGUCGUUGCUCAGAGGGUAUGCAGAUGAUUUACCACUCAACGAGUGGCUGUUCCAGCACAUUUUCCCAACAGAAGGCAAGUUUGUUUUCGAUGCACCGCUGGAAGAAGCAGAGGAAUUUGUUCGAUUGGGUUCAGAACUUGCUUGUUACGAGAUGCUGAAAACGGGAACGACUCUCUUCAACGACAUGUAUUUCCACGGUGAUGUCACUGCCAAUGUUGCUCGCAAAGCAGGCAUGAAAGCCGUCCUCACUAAGGCUGGUCUGCUCUUUUUUGGCGAUGAUGCUUUAUUCAGCGAACUUGUCGGUUCAAACACGAAGUUCUGUGCGGAGCUCAUUUCCUCAGAGGACAAGGCCAUCAGGCCUUCGUUGCUACCGCAUUCUGUAUACAUGGUGCCUAAAGAGAAGCUGCAAGAGGUCAAACAGGCCUACGACAUCGCUUGCAAUGGUGCUCAUGUGGUGAUCCAUACACACGUUCACGAAACGAAGAAGGAAAUCGCGGAUGUCUUCGAGAGAACCGGACAAUCUGCUCUGCAAAUUUUAGACGACCUCGGCAUGCUGAACAGUCGCACUGUGGCAGCGCACUGUGUUCACAUGACUGACGAGGAGAUUGCCCUCAUGGCCAAAUGCCGGGCCAGUGUAGCGCACUGCCCAAGGAGUAACUUGAAGCUAGGUUCGGGUAUUGCGCGGACGGCAGACAUGUUGAAAAGUGGUGUCAACGUCUGUCUUGGAACGGACGGUGCAAGCUCCAACAACACUUUGGACAUGCUUACAGAGAUGCAAUAUGCGUCAAUGAUCGCAAAGGGCGUCACCGGGGAUCCCACGGUGUUGUCCGCAAGGGAGGUCUUGGAAAUGGCAACGCUGCGUGGCGCCCGAGCACUUGGCUUGGAGGCGGAGACUGGGUCCAUCAAGGUUGGAAAAGCUGCAGACCUGGUUGCGGUUGACCUUGGACGCCUUGAGGCAUCCCCGAUCUAUGAUCCUUUGGGCCAGCUCGUGUACACGAACAGCCGCCAGGUCAGCCACGUGUGGAUCGACGGCAAGUGUAUUGUGCAAGACGGCACGGUCCUGACACUGUUAUCAAUGGACACGUCUGCCACCGAAAAGCUUGUUUCCAAGCUGCGAGACUUCCGCAACUGCCGACAACCUUGCUUGGAAGUGCUGUGCCUGGAUUGGUUUGUGGGCUCAAGUCGGAGGGUCUUUGAGAGGGCAGGAAUGGCACCAAAGAAGCCCGUUGAGGAGCCUCCCGAGGAGGAAGCUGCAGAGCCUGAGCCGGUGGAGGGCGAUGAGACCGAACUGAUCACUGGCCUCAAGCUGCCGCUGAAACCGAACGACGUCGGUCGAAUCUGGGCGCUGCAAGACUAUGUUGCACAGUCAAAGAUCCUCACAGAGCUCUUGGGCCUCGAAAGCGCGCAUCCCAACGUCGCUCGGAGGGAGAUCGUGUGCGACUUCCACCUCUUCAACCUUAGCCACGCGAAGAUGUUGUGCUUAACCCAGAGGCAAGGCGCCGUGUUCCACGCAAUCAUGACCGUGAUUCUGGACAUGGCCAAACAGGGCUCCGAGGACUCCGAGGGCGCUGCCGAGGCCGCGAAGUGCUUCAAGAAGUUUCAGGAGCUCCUGGUGCUCCACUCGGUCAACGAUUCGCCUGACCGUCUAGCGAUCUUCGGCGCUGGCGAGGCCAGAAGGCUUACCGACUACGCGACAACGACGCUAUUCAAGCAUUUCCUUCUCUACCAGUUCUGCGUCUGCUGCGAAAGAGAUGUGGAGACCUUGCGCUUCAGCGUAGAAGUGGAGAGGCCACUGGUGCCCCCAGCAUUGGGAACGGCGAGACAAAAGGUGAGCCGAAGGCCGCAGCAAACUCCCGAUCAGGAGGGGGCAGGUGCCGCGGAGGAGAAGCCGUCCGGGCCAGGUGGUGAGGACCUGUCUGAAGAGGAGAUUCAGCGCUUGGUUGAGGAGAAGCUCCGGGAGACUGAGGCGCGGUUGGAGGCCAAGCUGGCUGCCAGAGAGCAGCAAUUCAUGGAGCGCUUGGCGAGCAAAUAA